AUACAAACGCGCGUGUUUGACCCCACCUAGCGGCCCAGCUGGUAUAAAACACAGCUGACGUCACAUCUGGAAAACGAAACUGAAGUCGGAGUUUCCUCAAAAAGACUGAAAACGCAACCGGGCUGGUAUUUAGAGAGUUAGCAGCUUGGAUUGAACGUUUGUCGCACAGCUUCUGAAUCGCCUGCAACACAACACUGCUGCCACUGUCCUGCAUCACAUGUGUCUGAUUUCUGGCCCAGAAAACGACUGGCCUUGAACUCAACACCAAGCUGCACCGACUGAAACCUCGUCGUUAAAGAAAUGUCUCAUUCCAAACCACUGCUCAUCCCGUGGCUGCGGACCCAGGUUGACAGCGGCAGGUAUCCUGGUGUCAACUGGACAAACCCGGAACGAACAGAGUUCUCCAUCCCAUGGAAACACGCAUUAAGACAGGACUCCUCCGACACUGACAUUCUCAUCUUUAAGGCCUGGUCAGAGUCGAGCAACAAUGGCCAGGCUCAGGGAGACCCGUCAGUCUGGAAGAGGAACUUCCGCAGCGCCCUGCGAGCCAAAGGUUUCAAAAUGGUUACCGACAACAAGAACGAUCCCGCUAACCCCCAUAAAGUGUUUCGCUGGCCGGAGGAGGUGACAUCAGAAGCUAACUCUUCUGCUGGAUCCCAGGACAAAGAUGACUUUGAUUUGUUCGAGGAUUGUGUCCUUCCUACACAAGAGAGCCAGGUUAUCCCGUGCUUUGAUAACUGCCUCUACCUUCCAGGAGGAGCUGUAUUUUCAGAAUCCACUAUCAAUCAGGACAUUCUCCAGGAGUGUCUGAAGGGACUGCAGAUUGGCCCUGAAACAGAGGGAACUGCAGGCUUUGAGCCUCCUCCCGAGCAACAGCAGCUGCCGAAUCAGGUUGUGAUUGGUGGAUACGCGUUGCCUGGGCAACAGCAGUAUCCAGUAACGAUUGAGGGUGCAGGCGGUGAAGCUGGGUUGCCUGAGCAACCAGCACCUCCAAUGGGGGGAGCUGUAGGAGGGGCCUGUGGUGGGCAGCUGGCGGAGCAGUUCCUACAUACCAUGAUCAAGACCAGCGAUGGAGAUAAUUUCAAGACUGAGUUCAGGAUAUCAGUGUACUACAGAGGAGUGAAGGUGUCUGAGCAGCUGGUUGAGAAUGAAGCUGGCAUCCGCCUAGUCUACAGCCCUGAACCCACUGGGAAAGUUUUGGACCACGACUCAGGCCUGACCUUGGUCUAUCUGCCAAGUCCUGGGGCCAUGUUGGAUCAAACUCAAGCCAGUCUGACCCAACGCAUCCUGGACAAGCUGGGCGACGGUUUGGAAAUAGGAGUGUCGGGACAUAUGGUGUACGGCCUGCGAUGGGGUGAAAUGAAAGCGUUUUGGAGCUUCUCUAAGUUUGAUCGGAGCAGACAGCCCCAAGAGAUUUCCAAACUGCAGCCUCAACCACUUUACAUGUUGAAGGAGUUUGUGCGAGGAAUAUUGGACUUCAUUGAGGGGAAAGACAGCCCUCCCUGCUCCCUGUUCUUCUGCCUCGGGGAGAAGUGGCCUGACCCAGACAACAGACCCUGGGAGAAGAAACUCAUCACAGUGGAGGUGGUGCUGACUUCAAUGGAGUUACUGAAGAAUAUGGCUGUUGAUGGUGGCGCCUCCUCCCUGAAGUCUGUAGAGCUGCAGAUGUCACUGGAGGAGAUGAUGGAGUUGUGCUGACGUACUUUACUGAGCCUGAAGAAAAGACAUUGUUUACUCCUUUCUUUGUUAUCCCUACCAUUGACUAGAGCAUCUCAGAAUUAGUCAUAUUUACAUGUUUUAUUUACAUUUUUUAUCCAGAUUUUAAACCCAAUAGAAAAGAUCUAAUAAUAAUAAUAAUGAUUUUAAUAAUUGCACCAGUGCUAGUGCAACUUUGCUGGUACUGCUCUAAGGAACAAAGCAAAUAUAUUUAAAGUGAAACUUGUACCAAGGGGCUCUAAAUGAGCACACACCUUUUUAUAUUUUUUCAGGAAAUAAUGAUCAGGACAGAUAUGAUAGGAUAUUCCUUUAAAUUAGUGAUGUUAUUGGUGCUAGUGUUACAUAAAAAUGAAGACCACAUUCCCAAAACACCCCACUGCAAAAAAAAGAGCUAAAGAAAAGAGCCCGGUCAGUCAGGUCAAGAGGUUCACCCAUUCUGCUCUGGGCUCUAAUAAUGUGUUUGUGAUGAAAUAAGUGCAUUCCUCUCAUUUUGUGCAUUGUGCAUUUUGUGUAUGAAAUGUGAAAUGCCGCCCAAAGGUUCAGUCAUCUUGUUGAUGAUUUAGUUUCUUCAUUUGUUCACAGUAUUCAUGCAGUGUAAAUCAGGUAUUGAUGUACAUGUACAUGAGGAUCCCCCUCAGCAAACCUGAAAUACUGUGUUAAACAGAAGGAUGAAGAUACUGUAACAAAGACUAAAGCCUCUGAAUGGUUCAGUCACAGUGAAGAUUACACACUGAAGAUCAAGAUGAUUCAACAACAUGAUCAGAGCAUCGUCUGAAUGCUUUUUAUAUUGUGUCACAUGAGAUUUAUGGUACAAUAUGUUCAACAUACACCUGAGCACAAGGUGGGUUUGUGCCAAAAUAACAUCAGAGACUGUGCAGAGAAAAGUAAAUGCUGUGCAGAUGUUUAUUUCAUCAUGUUUUAUUUAAGGGUCACAACUAACCUGACUCUGUGUACUAGAUGUGGCCUGUUGGAAUUUACUCUACAAUAAGAUUUCAAGGCUUUAAUCAAAUAUUUUAGGAUAUUUUCAUGUUAUUACCAUGACAUCACUUCUUACUCAGGACUUAUUAUUCUUAUCUCAAAGUGUGAUUUACCACUCUGUUAUUAUUAUGAAUGCAAUGUAGAAGAAAUAAAAAAGAUUGUCCAGUUCCAUCA